AUGUCUUCCGCAGCCAACCCGGCGUUUGACGACUACCAAUACCAGCCACUAGACCAUGCGACACAACAAAUACGCCUUGUCACGCUUCUGGAUCCCCUGGAGAACGACGAUGCUAUACGUCUCGACAUCAAAGUCUUCGAGAUUUCAGAAGCCCCGCCAUAUACAGCCCUUUCCUAUGUUUGGGGUCCACCGUCAAACAAUGCCAUCCACAUCGCGGAGGGAAGGCUGGAGAUCCGAGACAACCUUUUCAAAUUUCUCACCGAGUUCCGGAAAUGCAGCGAUAAGACGCCUUCAGAUCAACAUCUUUGGAUUGACCAGCUAUGCAUUGAUCAGUCGACUACUUCGGAGCGCAGCCACCAGGUGCAGAUGAUGAGCGAUAUCUACAGCAAAGCUACGUCAGUUAUUGCUUGGCUAGGCGACGGAUCGGAGAAAGCCUGCGAGCCGCCCAAAGUGCUCGCCAAACGCGGAUGCGAUGAGUUCGAAAACAUGUACGAUGCUGCAUGUGUAUGGAAGGAUACCGGAGAUCCAGUGGCAUUGGCUUAUAUCCUUCACAACGAAUACUUCAGAAGACUUUGGAUUGUACAAGAGUUCAUACUAGCGAGGCAGAUCAGGGUCCUUGUGAAAGGCGUCUGGCUGGUGAAUGACACACGUGGAUGGGAGUGUCGAUUUGAAACCCUCGAUCACCAUCUCUGGCGCUCCAUACCUAACAUCUCGUAUAGUAUCAUCUGUAAGAGUUCUUUGCGAAGAAUCGGUGGUUUCAUACAUCUCGACAUGUUUGCCGCACUGGACAUGUAUGCGCUGAAUAGUUGCGCAGAUCCGCGCGACAAAGUCUACGGCUUACUCGGUCUUGUUCGUGUUGACCACCGCGUUACUGUCGAUUAUGAAAAGUCGAAUGAUCAACUCUACUUGGACCUGGUUCUAGUUAUGCUUCAAAGCCAAUGUCUCGACGAAUCAGCAGAAGAAUCACCCGAGAAUGGAGUUGAGGGGCUGCUAUUGUGA